AUGGUCUCCAUCCGCAACAUCUUCACUGCCGCUUUGGCUCUCGCUGCUCCCAUCUCUGCGGCUAUCACUCCCGCCCAGACCGUCAGCAACAUCAAGAUGCUCACCUCCAAGAGCCAGGCUCUCCAGGCCCCUGCUCAGUCCAUCACCAUCAUCAACGGACCUCUCAUCGUUAUCGGCCAGGGACCAUUCCCCCAGAUCAUUGCUGGUUUUACCGACAUCAUCAGCACUGUCACUACUUCUAUCGCUCAGAUGCAGGGCUCUGAGCCUGUCAAGGCUGGCCCUGAUUCCGACGCCAUCUUCGACGCAUUCCGUGAGUUUGUCCGCGUCCACCAAGUUCUCCUGAACAUCCUCAUUGGCAAGGCUGGCCUCUUCACCACUGUCCCCUUCAUUGGCCAACCUGUCGCCGCUGUCCUCAGACAGCUUGAGAGUGUUGUCGACACCAUCGCUUUCAUGCUCAUCGACACCGUCCAGUCUCGUUCUGCUGACCUCAUCAAGGAGGCCAACAACCUCGGCGCCACCCUCGACGUCUGCAUCAACUCUUACCAGGGUCUUGCCUAA